AUGUUUUCAAAACAUUUAAUUACAGCAUCACAUACUUAUUUACAUUUAAAAAAUCAUCUUGGUCAUUGGCAUAAUCAUGAUCAUCACCCUGCUAUUGAUGAUUAUCAUGGUGAUCGUCAUCGAGCAAUGAUUGAUUUACAAGAACAUUUAGGUCAACCAGGAACAACAACAAAGGAAAUCGAACAUUUAAUGGGUACACCAACAAAAAUUCUUGAUCAACCAGAUGAAAUACUUCUAUCUGAAUUAAAACGUAAUAAUGAAUUAUAUGAAUAUCCUCACGAUACUAAAAUUUGGAUUUAUGAAUGGCGUAAUAAUCAUGAUUAUGUUUAUUUUAUUCUAUCAAAAGAUAAGAUAGUUAUUCAAUCAGCUUGGUAUUAUUCAUAUGAAUAA